GCUAACAGCUUGUUUCUGUGCGCACACUGCAGUCAGCUGCUGGCCACGCACGUUGUAAAAUGAGGUUUGGAAGCAUCAUUGUAAUCGUCGCUCUCUGCUCUUUUACGGCGUAUUAUAUUUAUGAGCCCAUUCCUGAGGAAAUAGAGGAGAGAUGGAAACUCAUGCUGACCAACUCUUUCUUCAGAAGUCUCAGCCACCUGGCAGACCUCAGUGAAUUACUGGGGCUGAAGGACUACAUGGGGGUUAUGUACUUCAUCACUCUGGCUGAGAAGGUAGUGCCUGUGUCUGACGAGCAUAUCAAGGUGACGGAGGAGACCUUUGAUGGAGUGGAGGUGGUGCUGUACCAGCCGAAGCAGAGAGGCGGUGACACUGAGCUCAGUCGAGCUGUCAUAUACCUGCACGGUGGAGGAUGGUGCCUGGGUAGUUCCCGGAUGAGUCCAUAUGAUCUCCUGGCCAGAACACUUGUCACCGAGCUAGACGCAGUGGUUCUGUCUGUAGAGUACAGACUUGCCCCUGCUCACCACUUCCCUGUCCCAUAUGAGGACGUAUACCGUGUGGUCAAACACUUCCUCCAGAAGGGGGUGCUGGCUAAGUAUUCUGUGGACCCAGGACGCAUUGCUGUGUCUGGGGACAGUGCUGGAGGGAACCUGGCAGCUGCUGUCUCACAGCAGUUACAAAAAGAGCCUGGACAGCAGGUCCAUUUGAAGGCCCAAGCACUCAUCUACCCUGUACUGCAGGCUCUGGAUCUCAACACACCUUCAUAUCAGCAAAAUCAGGACAUGCCCAUUCUGCCCCGCACCCUCAUGGUCCGUUUCUGGAGUGAGUACUUCACCAGCGACAAGGCCCUUUUCAGAGCCAUGAUGGACAACACUCACAACAACCCUGAGUCUUCUAGCCUGCUAAAGUUUGUCAACUGGAGCGCCUUUCUGCCAGAAACAUAUCAUAGAAAAUACAACUAUAGUGCUCCUGCUGUGAUGCAGGGAGUCGGAGGAGAGGGCGUUGGCAUGGAUGGACCUGCUCAAUCUAUUGCCGACCCAAGGGCUUCACCCCUGCUUGUUCCAGACUCUGCCUUACGCUCUCUGCCCAAGGCCUACAUCCUGACAUGUGAGUAUGAUGUUCUCAGAGAUGAUGGGAUCAUGUAUGUCACACGGCUCCGUUCUGCUGGUGUUGAGGUGACACAUGAACACUAUGACACAGGAUUUCAUGGAGGGUUGAUGUUCACCGUGUGGCCGACUGACUUCCUGAUCGCACGUCGCAUGACAAACAACUAUAUCAAAUGGCUGGAGGAAAACUUGUAAAAAAAACUCUUGACUAUAAAUAUUCAUUCCAACUAUUCCAAACAAUGCACUAGUUUUUGGUUCAGUGCAAUUCUUUCACAUCUGGUGUUCAAGUUUUCUUUUUCUUUGGUCAAGCUACUUUUUGGUGAAUAUAUUGAGAAAUAAUCAACUUUGUCUGUUUUUCCACUCAUGGACCACAUUAGAUGCCAGAAGGAAAAGAAUAGUGCUGAUUUGUUCACAUAAGGUGGUGUGAGUAGAACCCAACACAUAUGACAUCACUACUCAAGUAUUGUACUUGAUUGCAGUACAGUAUUGUGUUCAUUUUCCACCAAACACAAUUCUACCCAGAGAGAUCUGAAGAAGAAAGUCAAACUGUGGAAUAUCACAGUUGUC